AUGAAGAGUCCACAUAUCAAGGAAUCUAAACCUGAAGAUGGCUUUCACUUUUUACAGAAAAAAGUUGAAAGAAAACUGAGAAUAUCAGAUACGCAUUCCCACGGUCCGUUUCAUCUGAGAAGAGAAGAAAACGCCAACAGAAAUCCUGUUCUUGACCUUGCGCCGCCUCAGAACCAGUCGCCGUUCACCUCUUCCCACUCACCGUCUUCUGCGCAGUCUGAAGAUAUGGGUGACCGACAAGUAGUUGACCAACAACACACAGUUGAUCAACAGAUGCCAUCUUCUCCUCCUCUUCCUCCUCCUCCUUCGAAGGAUGAUAUGAUUUCUUGUGUUAUGGCUUUGGAGGCUGCUUUGCUUCCCUGUUUGCCAGCCAGGGAACUUCAAGCGAUAGACCGUUCUCCACACCCUUCUCAUCAAAUUAUGAAUGCACCAAUCAUCCACGGGGAGAAAAGAAGGGUGGUAAAAGGUUACUUUUGA